AUGACACUCAAGGCACAUCACUCUCCGCGGGUAGCGAUGGAAACCCUUCAAGACCUUGCUGUAACUCCUGGUUUGCGAGAUCCACGCUUGAAUUUUGCAGAAUCUGUCAUAGAAGGGCACAUCCCAGACAUAAAGACUACUGAUCGUUCUUAUUUAAGGGUAGUUUUGUGGUUUUCUUUCCUGUGUCCCAUGUUUUUUGGUCCAUUUUUAUAUUUUUGGGUCUUACAAUACUUAAAAGAUGACACUCAAGGCACAUCACUCUCCGCGGGUAACGAUGGAAACCGUAGUAGGGUGGAUUAUAUUUGUCGUAGAAACGAAGAACCAUUGAUAUGUUCGGUAACUCUAUUUUGUUGUUUCCUGUUGCUGAUAGAGGUCAUGUUUGUUUUAGCUAGAGUGUGGACAUCCAGCGAAAUUUCAAAAAGAGGAAAUAUGUCGCGAGACUUUAUUGUACUCCUUGCACAUAUACCAGAAUGGUUAGUGAUGUGCUGUUGUAACUGCCUUUGUUGUGAAGAUUUGGAUAUUAGUUCAUUUUUCAGCAGAUUAUUGCUGAUUAUGUGCACGAGCUUGGUUAGUUACCAUUUGAGCUGGGUUGCAGUGGGUAUCAUGGUUAAUCCAGCUUGGGGCGUUUCUAUUUUGUUGAUACUUUCCUUUUUUGGCAAUACCUUAUUUUUUGUAAUCAAUGAAACAACCCACGCAAAUGACUUUCGUCUUUCUACCCUUUUCGCAUAUACACCUGGCUUCCUUGGUCUCUGCUUUGUUGUCGUCCCUCCAGUAGUAGUUGGACAGUCAUUUUAUUGUCGGGAAACUGCAGAUGAUAUUCUAAAAGCAGCGUUAUUGUCUGUUAUCGGUGCUGUGUCAUGGCUGUACUUCAAAUCCCGCAAAGCUUCCUCUGAUACUUCACAGUGUGUUGAGGCUGCUAAGCAAGCAGCAGCUGCAGCGAGGGCUCUGACCGAAAAAAUAACUGUACCUCAGCGUGAUGGGACUGAGGUUCAUUCUGCAAUUGUGGCAGCAGCUAUAGCUACAUCCUCUGCAGCUGGUGCAGCUGCGGCCGCGGCUGAAGCUGUGGCUGUUGCUUUGGCUGCAGCCAAGAAUGAAAAUUCAAAACUUAAAACCGCGCAAGGUGGAAACGAAAAUAGCACCCCAAAUGGAAAUGGAUUAAGCGAGGAGACACAUCCCCUAUACGAAAUCCAAAGUGCCUCCGGACGUUAA